UCUGCCCGAGCGUUGCUCACCACCCAGCAGAGCGAGAUGUCCGUCAGGGAAUGUUGCCGACUGGCCCACUGCAGACUGCAGGAGUACGUGCUAAGGGACUCGCUGAAGCUUGGUGCAGCCAACGCCAAGGCUCGGUGGGGGAGGACCACAGUCUAGGGUCCUUCCGCUGCUGGACAUGGGGGGCACGGUAUGGUGGAGACGCCCCUCAAAUUAAAUUAAGGGAAGGUAUCCCACGCCAGGGGGCCACAGAGUGGCACGGGUGGGGGACUGUUUGGUGAAAUUUGAAAAAUGUAAAAAAAUUGUACUGAAAAAACUUGUAUAGUCUCCGAAAAUGUCGGAUGAAUUUUGUUUGUUUGAAUGGUUCAGGAAUUGUAUAUAUUUAUCAAUGAAUAAAGUCUAUUUUGAAAUUUAAAAAAAAAAAAAAUCUGUUCUUAUCAGUUUAAUAUCUGAUACGUCCCUUAUCUAGGGACCAUAUAUUAAAUUGAUUUUUGGAACAGGGAGAUGGAAUAGGGGCUUGCUCCGUCCACUCCACGCAUCGACCCAGUAUUGCAGUGCCUCUGGGAACGGUGCACUUCCCUUUUGGGAGAUUUUCAAAGUUCAAAAGAAAAGACAAAAAUUCCUCCUCACACUUGCUCAAAAGCUGCGUGUCUGCCUGCUGCCCUCUCUCACUCUGCGUCUGUGUGCGUGCGUGUCUGUGUUGACGGACUGCUCAAGUCAAAUGCUCAAGUCAACCUUCCUUUAUUUCACCAGUGGAUACUUUCAAGGGAAAAAGAGGACGCAUUUCAACCCAAACUUCCUGAAGGAGAAAAAAAUCUUCAGCAAAUUCUUCAAAGUCACAAUUGUCGGCUCUGCCAAUCAAGUCGCCACAAUCGGGGUGAUGUUGGUCUGAAGAGAUGAGACUGAGCUGCACGUCAACCACAGCGAGUACCACACCGCUAAGCCACUUUAAACUACAACCAUGUGGAGGUGCAUUUGUGGGACUGAAGAGUCCCAUGCAUCAUCGGAGGCACUGAGCUGCAGGUCUACCACAGGUAGGUAUUUGGCGGUGGCUGGUUUAUCUGAGCAGCUGGCUCAGUAUGAACAGCUGGUAAUGCAGCUCAUUGAUCAACAUCUGGACAAAAAGACCCAGCUGCAAGUGAGAGGUGAACACCUUAAGUUACUGGAAGACCUCAAGGGAAAAGUCCGUGAAAACGAAGAAGAGUUAUCGGAAAAAACGCAACUUGUCGGUGUGUUGCAGGAAGAGCUUCAUAGAAAUAAUCGGGAUCUAGCGUUGCUGGAAGACUUUAAUGAAAAACUCGGGGAAAUCGAAGAGGAACUGCGAAAAACAACACAACAAUUGGAAAUACUGCAGACAAAUCUGGAAUGGAACAAUUGUGCGAUAGUGGAGUUAGUGGAACAUAUAAGAAUACUUGAAGAAACGAAUCAGGACCUGGACAACAAGUAUUACGCUGCAGAUUACGACAGCUAUAUCGAGAUCUGUGGUUUGAAGGCGACCCAUGAAAUUGAAUUAGCACAUCUCAAAGAACAAGUGAUGUUUCUGAUGGAAGAGGCGGAGAGGUCAGAGGACAGAUUUGUGUCAAAGGAAGCUACAUACCUGUUGAUAAUUGAACAGAUGCAAGAGGAGCUGGACAAUGUACAGGAAAAGGAAGAACUGAAAAUCCUUCCAGAAGAAACACAGCAGGAGCGCAGAGAACAAGAUCCGUCCUCCUGCAAGAAUGAAUUGGCUGAGCUAAGACAUGUCAGACCAGCGCCCAGGAAGCAAACAAUUGGCAAUGAAACACACAAGGAAUGA